AUGCUUACCUUACAUAAAAUCUUGCAUAAAGUUGAGAUUCAUAAAAUAUGCAGAACCAUUUCCACAUCCAAAGCUUUAUGCAGUGAAGAUUUAUAUGUACAUCGAGACAGCAAAGACAACCACGCGCUUACUCCUUUUGACUUUUCUGAAGCUAAUUUAAAGAGGUUGUCAGCAAUAAUUCAGAAUUAUCCUGUGGGAGCUCAACGAUCAGCUUUAGGCGCUGCUAUGGAUAUUGUACAAAGGCAAGUGGGAUGGAUACCUAUAUCAGCUAUGCACAAAGUCGCCGAAGUCUUAAGUGUGCCCAGGAUGAGGGUUUACGAAUGGGCUACGUUCUACUCAAUGAAUAAGAGACGUUUUAGGGGCAAGUUUAAUGUGAAAGUAUGCGUCACAACCCCCUGCAUGCUCCGAGGUGCAGAUGUUAUCUUGCAAGUUGUGGAAGAGACAACAUGCUGCUGUGUUGGCAGCGUGUCUCCAGAUUGCUUGUUUGGAGUCGACACUGUCCAGUGUCAAGGAGCAUGUGUUAAUGCUCCAGUAGUCGUCGUUGACGACGAUUAUUAUGAAGAUGUGAGUGUUUGCGAUGUGCAAAAUAUAAUUCAAACAUUGAGGUGUGGAGGAAUACCACCGUGGGGCCCUCAGUCUGGUAGAUUCGCCAGCGAACCAAUUACUGGCCAGACGACUUUAUUAGAAAAUCCACCUCCACCAGGUUUUGGUAUUCAAGCAGCGCUAAUGUCAUCGAACCCUGGACCCUGUCCUCCAAGAAAAAUGUAGUCCGAGGUCUUAAAGCGCUAUAUCAAGAAAUAUUAGUGAUGAUAAUAUACAUAAUUACAUAUUAUGUACGUGUUUAAUAACUUACGUUUAAAUUUAUAAUACUUAAUUAAUUUUAAUGUUUAUUAAUAUAAUUGAUUCAUCAUGAAGGAUUGUUGUUUGAAUAUCUACUUUAAACUGACGAAAACUAUUUAUUAUAUUUUUCAUAUUGUUUAGAUUGUAACGUAUAUUCUUAAUAAUUGUCUUUGAAAAGAAAUAAAUGGUGUUCUAACUAGGGGUGCUAGUGAUUGUUUAAAUAUGUAGCAAUAUAAUAUUAAAUGGUUCUUUCUGUAAAUUUCUGUAUGAAAGGAAAAAUGUUUAAAUUCAUCGCCUUCAAGAUUCCUACCCUCAUUUCUCAAUUUCAAUCUUAUUUUACGUAUUAUUUAUUUAUGACUAGCUUUCCUCUGUGACUUACCAUUUGUUGAAAUUACGUAGAGUUAAAUUUGAAUAUUCCUGCUUAAAUAGUAGCAUGAUGUUGAAUGCUGAAAUGUAACACUUUAAUAAUAUUGUACCAAAGAAAAUCGUAGAGGUAUGAGUUUUUGUUUCAGUGAUGUGUCAUUUUAACGUUAAUGUUUUCAUCAAUAAUAAAACAAAAGAAAAUAUACCAAAAAGAAAUUUUAAUGUUAGAUUGUAAA